AACCAUGGGCGAAUACUCUCCUUCAAUCAAUGAGAAGGCAGUAGUGUCAGGUCUGUCAUCUCACGAUAUUAAUACUCAAGCUGAGACUAUGGAUAUGGACAUGUGCUUUCCCUUUGUCUUGCCCGACAUGAACCCCGCUCCAUCUUUGACGUCAACCCCAAACUCUUCGUCUCGAUGUGCUCCAUUAAAGUCUUCAAAUCAACCAUUGUCUACUUUGCUUGGCGAUGCAACAGACCCUUCACAAACUGCUCUGUGCUCAUACAUAGACGUCACCUCAUCUUCGCAUAAACACUCUCUGCAUUCUUCUGAUACUCCUAUUUCAUCCUCACCUUCUUUAUCUACCCAUACUGAAGCUUUAUCUACUCUUUCCCAUACAACUGCUGUUUCAGCCAAAGAAAACAAGUCGACAUCGCUUGACAAACCACAAUCUAUCUCGCCGUUGAAAUCAGGUCAUGGUGGUACACCCAAUCGUAAAUGCAAUUACUGCGGAGCCACUAGUACACCCAUGUGGCGACAUGGACCAGGUAUAUAUACGAAUCUGUGUAACUCAUGUGGUGUCAAGUGGAGGAGAGGAAAGAUUCUGCAGACAAAGCAGCUUCGGCAUCCUCUAUGUGCUCCCUUGAAGCCCCAACGUCGAUCUACUGGUAAUUUACCGAAACCAACAGUAGCUUCUGACUCUGUAUCUGCUGCAAGUACUACCCCAUUGCUGUCAGAAGACCCGGGUACCCUGUCAUCAGCACAAACGAGCACUCCGAGUACACCACCAGUAGAUGACUGGGAGAGUGUCUCUCCACUACCUCAACAACCAGUCGUCUCACGCACGGCUUCUGUUGGAGCAACACCAGACAGUGCACUGCCCUCUCGUCUACGCAGAACCAAACACCAACGUCGAGCCUCGGCACCAUCCAAAUCGCUUGAUUGUGAAGGCAUUACAGAACUACCAGAAACUCGAGUUGAUUCGCCUUGCAGUAUGGCCGAGCUCUCGCCCAAGGAGAACGCGAGCAAGCCCAACGAAAGACUUACCCGCAGUAGCGGCACUCGUCAUACAGUUAUACCAAAUGCAAGCAUCAGAGCCAAGAAGAAUACUCUAGCGGAAGCUGCAGGUGACGCGUCACCGAGUCCGAUAUGUCCACAUACUUCAUUAACAAUGGUUGAAGGGGCGGAACAGCAAUUCUCCAACCCAAACAUUGCUAAACAGCCUGACCUGUCUUCUGUCUCUACUGAAGCUAGCUGCUCUUUGUUGCAGCAGCCAUUUUCGCUUGACUCGAAACUUUCAAACCCUGACCGUGCCUCGCUGUUGCCUAUAGAUUACUUGACCCGUUCUUUUGUCGCUAUUUCAACCAUGAAAACCCAACGCCGUCGUCGCCCCUUGCCCAACCAACAUCUUCCUUCCACUCCAAUGAGUCUUUCCGACAUGUCUACCUUUUCAACACACUCUCUUUUUUCACCAACUACCGAGCUACAAUCCACGUGCAAUGUGAUACAAGCUGUUACACCGUCACUAUGUGAAGAGCCUAUGUCGUUGAUGGAGGAUGUCGUGUCAACUCCCCUUAUCUCUCAAAAUGAGAUAAAGUCUGAACCUGACUCAAUUGACAUGUGUCAGGACGCCAAGAGAUUGUCUUGUACCAUUAUAGAUUCUCCUUUGGUCGACAAUUCGUCAUAUCGUGACGUGGCUCGUAAAAAGCAAAAAAAGCAAAAGCUACGACGAGAGUCGGUUAUUAAACCACCUUCUCCUCCUGAAUCUGGGUCGCUUUCCACCACCCCAUCGCUGUUUGUUGCUACCGUCCCCAACACUCCCGCACUUGCUGAAGUAGCAAUACCGCCAUCAAUCGAAUCCAAAAUGGUUUCUCCCACAACCUCGGAGUCAUCCCUCAAUCCGUCUCCCUCGCUACAAUCCGAUUUACAACAAAAACCUGCAUCCAUUAAAAUUCGUUUGCCUAAACUCAAUUUUAAAACGCCAACCACCUUGCUAUCCGCUGAACCCUCCGUCAAUAGUAAAAUUGGCACCUGCAACGACCAACCCCAAAAUGAUACCCAAACUACUAAUUACCUCCCAACUGCUUCUGCAAAGUCAUUGCGCACACAUGAGUUUGCAACGCUACUAAAGAUGGUGCCCAAAGACAAGAUUGAAGGUUUCGCCGAUAUUCUAGCAAGUGGUUUAGACGAUUCGCUAAAACAAGCCAUGAUCCGUGGUGAACAAGUUCAUGUCAGUGUGAUGCUAUUGCGCCAACCAACAUGGCAGAGUCUAUGGGACUAUGCUCGAUCAUUCUGCUGAUUCGCCACAACACUAGUAUUGACAAGCAUAAACCUUUAGCCUUUUCUAUUGAUUACCUUUUAUUUUAUUCAAAUUUGAUGUUUACGCCUUGCAUUUCGACUGCAUUUACAGCUGUAUUCACGUAAAAUGAAACACCUUUCUGUAUCAUCUUGCAGUCGAAUCUCUUUGUACAAAGAGCUGGAUAUUUUUGCAAAUAAAUCAACGUUUGAUUAAGUUUCAA